UGGGUUUUUCAUUAGAUUCACCAUACGAACCAAUGGCUGUGACCACAUUGACCAUGGCGUCCCCGAUAUAUUUUCCAAAACGCUCCAAUUCUCCCUUAUUUCCCUUGAAGUUUUUGAUUUCAGUGAGGAUGAGGAGUGCGGCAUUGGUGGCAGCCUGUAGGGGAGGGAACACGCCCGAUGCGGUAUUGACGGCAGUGAGGACUGGAAUGGCAACAUCGCCUCCAACGGUGAGGAGAUUAUCGACCCUCUGCUUCAGCGACAUAGUCAAUAGUGAAGGAUGGGGAGAAAAGGUCGGUCGCGCAGCGGAUGGUGACACUCAAGUAGAGGUUGCGCAGUUCACAGCCAUGAGAUCGCCGCAAGGCGCAAUUCAUCCCAUUGCGCGCUUAUGGAAAGUCUUGCGGCAGAUUCCAUCCUCUUAUGCAGAACCAACUGAGAAACCGAUCCACACCCAUCUAUCUUGGUUCUGCUCUAGGUUCGCUAUGGGAGGUUUGAUGCAAAGUUCGGGAACAUCCUUCGACCUUGCAAGAAGGCCGGUGCCAGGCGCACAUAGACUGCUGCAUGUUCGCAAAAAUGUAUGGUGAUGCGCCCCGGAAGCAACAAGAAGAUGGCGGAAUGGGAGGAUUUGGCAUUACCACCGCAGCUGACGUCCUUGCUGUGUCACUGUAACCCGGAUGAAGCAGAUAUGCCUGACACAAGCGGACGAAUUUGAAUGCUUAUUCUCCGAUCGGGAUUCUUGAAGGCCGAACCCACGCUACCGAAAAUUUUGUCCAUGGGCUCACCACGGAACAAUAAUGACAUUACGGUAAGACGAGCCCUAUACAGACAGCAAACCAAUCCCUACAGCUAGCGAUGAUGGGCCCUUCGCCCGAACAUGUGGGUCAGAAUGGGAAG